AUGUCUUCUACCUCCACUGGCUUCUCCACUCCCGACUCAACCGCAGACCACAGCGACGCGAUGUCCGACGCUCAAUCAACGUCUUCCAACGCUCUCGGACUCCUUGACCCUCAGGUCUCUGAGCAGCGUCGUCGCAUCUUUGAUCUCAUCAACCGGUUGCGGAAUACCGGUGUACAGAGUGAGAUAAGCGUGCCCGUUAUUGCGGUGGUUGGUGCACAGAGCGCCGGAAAGUCCUCGAUGAUCGAGGCCAUAUCUGGGAUAUCCCUCCCACGGAAAGCGGGGACAUGUACUAGGUGUCCGACUGAGGUGCAUCUUCAGUGGGCAGAUGCGUCGUGGACCUGCGAUGUUUCCCUCCGUCGGGACUCAGUCACCGUCGGCGAACCCCACGCUACGCCCUUCGGCAGCACGAUCACCGAGAGGUCUCAAGUCACCGAACGCAUCCGGCGCGCACAGCGUGCGAUCCUGAACCCUUCGCGUGAUCCCGACGACUACCUUCACGGUCCUGAGCCGCAGGCUGACGAUAGUUCCUUCUCGUCGGAUUGUAUCGUGCUGAAGAUUCGCGGCCGUGACGUUACAGAUCUGCUCUUCGUUGAUCUUCCGGGGCUCAUUGUAGGUGGCAUUGAGGAAGAAAGGGAGCUUGUUGAGAAGCUGGUCCGUGACAACAUCAACAGGGAGAGCUGCAUUGUGCUUGUCACGGUUACGUGCGAGACGGAUUUCGAGAAUCAGCCAACAUACAAGCUUGCUCGUGAACAUGAUCCGGAUGGGUCCAGGAUUGUAGGCGUCUUGACGAAACCAGAUCGCGUCCCUCCCGGUGGCGAACACCUGUGGACAGCACAUAUCAAACGUGAGAACUCACGUACGAAGAAUACGGAGUGGUUCAGCGUCAAGAACCCCAGCCACGAGGAUCUCAGAGCAGGAAUCACCUGGCAGGCCUCGCGUUCUGCCGAAGACCAGUACUUCGCUUCGGCAGAGCCUUGGUUGACUCUGAGCAGAGGAGCAUUCGCUAGUCAAUUGGGUACUGCGAAUCUCACGAAGAAGCUAUCCGAUAUGCUCUAUAACUUGAUGCUUGAACGUCUCCCGCUCAUUCAACAGGAACUUGACGCUGCGCUCGCCAAGACCCAGGCUAGCCUCAAAGAUCUUCCACCUCCACCGUCAUCUGAAGAGCCCGUUUCCGAGAUCGUGCGCAUGGUCAGCGAGUUCACGCGCGAGGCGGACAGCCAGACUCAGGGUGUUCCCGAGGCCGACGGUCUACUUCAGCAAAUGAGCGGCGCAGAGGAGGUCUUCCAGACUGACAUCCGCCUCACGGUGCCUAACUACAAGCCAUGGCGAAGCGACGAUCAGCAGAGGUCGUAUAUGCCAUCUUUCGACUUUCUACUUCACGAGGAAGAGCAUCUACGUGCUGGACGAGGACCUUCGAUCUUCGUUGACCAGGUCAUGCGCGAUGCUCGGAGCGCCGUAACUCGCGAGCUACCUGACAACUACCCCUUUGUCGUUCAGAAGCGCGCUAUACUGCAGUUUGUAGAUCUUUGGCGCGCACCUGCCUUCAGGUUAUUCGAAGUCAUUCAGGCGCGUGUGGAAGCUUUGUUGCUUAAGCUGGUUUCCUCGGACGCCCACUUUGGACAUUAUGACAAACUCAAGAAACUUGUGGGCCCGAUUGUCAUAGCUCACAUUGCUGUGCGAGCACAGGAAACACAGCAAAGACUCGAUUUCCUUCUUGCCAUGGAAGCCGAAGUCAAGACUCGCAACGUGCAUUACUUCCGCUCGUACCGCGACAAGUUUCUCGCGCUUUAUAAGGGCGUUUGGAGGCGUCGUACACCCCAAGCUAGGCGAAUCCUAGGCGAGCCAUCACCGGAGCGCGAGACUUCGUCCGAUCCUGGUUCACCUGGCAGUACGCGGUCUUACCUGGAUAGUGAGGCGGGUACCCCUCCUCCUGCUCAUUAUACCACUGCAUACGCGGCUCCUCGUGAAGUGCCAAUGCGGCCGCCUCCGACGCCUCCCCUGGAAAGAGCCUUGCGAGCGUUGUACGAUCUAGGCCUGACCAGGCUCGAAGCGAGGGAUCUUUUGGUUCUUAUGCGAUCGGAUCCUGAGGAGGACGCUCUCUUCAUCAUGGCCAAUGUGCGCGCAUACUUUCAAGUCGCAUAUAAACGUUUCGUCGACAACGUGCCCCUCGCCAUCGACGAAGCCUUCGUACGCGGCGUAGUCGUCGGGCUGCAAACGGCCAUCCUUACCGGCAUCGGGAUUGGCGGGCGUGAUGGUUUUGAAACGUGCCAACGUCUGCUUCAGGAGCCCGAGCACAUCAAGCGGCGCCGCGACGAGCUUCUAGAGAAGGAGAGCCGCUUCAAGGAGGCGCACAGGGAGCUGAUGCGCUUUACCGUAACUUCGUGA